CGUUUUAAAGAGGCCAUUUGUAUUGAUCGUGGGAGCCUAAAAAAUCCUAUCGUGAGAGGGGCCGGCUUUCCAUACAAAAUUGGCGUCUCCAUUUUAUCAAACAGAAGUAUGUACACAAUCUAUAGUCUUAUGGAAUCUAUUCCUUCACUUCACUGAUGCACGUUCAAACACGCAGCAACCCUAAUUUCUGCUAAACAUAUAAUUCUCCUGUUUUAAUAUAGUAUAUUUUCCCUCGGAUUCAUCAAAAUAUCCACCAGCGAUCCUCGUUCUUGUUCAAUUUUUUUGUAAUUAACGUGUUUGAUCAUAUCUCAAUUGCAAUCACUGUUUCGUGAGGUGGGUUCCCGUCAUUUCUGAUAAUGACGACUGCUUCUGCACAUUGUUCUUUGGGCGUCAAUGCUCAAUUUCAUGAAAAUUCAAGAAAUUUUCCUUCUAAAUCGGAGUCUUCAAGUGUUAAUUUUCAUUCUAAUGGGGAAUUCUUCAAAAUCAGCUUGAAACCUAGCUUGGGUUCGUCAAUUUGCUCCAAGGGAUGUGUAGGUCGUGUAUGUUCUCUACCCGAAAUAGGCGAUUUGUUUCCAGAAAAGCCCCCAACACCUAUACUUGAUACAGUUGAAAGCCCCAUGCACUUAAAGAACCUAUCUCACAAGGAAAUGAAACAAUUGGCUGAUGAUAUUCGCUCAGAGUUGUUGUUUAUAAUGAAUAAAACUCAAAAAUCCGUGAAGGGAAGCAUGUCAGUGGUGGAGUUGACUAUUGCUAUACAUCGUGUCUUUUCUGCUCCCAUGGACAAGAUAUUGUGGGAUGUUGGAGAGCAAACUUAUGCACAUAAGAUUCUCACUGGAAGGAGAUCACUUAUGCAUACCCUUAGACAAAAAGAUGGAAUGUCUGGUUAUACUUCACGUUCAGAGAGUGAAUUCGAUCCAUUUGGUUCAGGACAUGGAUGCAACAGCAUUUCUGCUGGACUCGGAAUGGCGAUUGCAAGAGAUAUUAAAGGGAAAAGAGACCGAGUAGUUGCAGUGAUAAGUAAUGAAAGCACUAUGGCUGGACAGCUUUAUGAGGCUAUGAGUAAUGCAGGGUAUUUGGAUUCAGAUAUGGUUGUAAUAUUAAAUGAUAGUCGCCAAUCUUUGCAUCCAAAACUUGAGGAGUCACCUAAAACACCAAUUAAUGCACUCUCGAGUACUUUAAGCAAGUUGCAAUCUAGCAAAUUGUUCAGGAAGUGGAGAGAAGUUGCUAAGGGUUUAACAAAGAGAAUUGGUAAGGGUAUGUACGAAUGGGCUGCAAAAGUUGAUGAGUAUGCACGUGGUAUGAUUGGUCCACUAGGGUCAACCUUAUUUGAAGAACUUGGUUUGUAUUACAUUGGUCCAGUUGAUGGACACAAUAUUGAAGAUCUUAUAUGUGUUCUUAAUCAAGUGGCAUCCUUGGAUUCAACGGGUCCCGUUUUAGUUCAUGUCAUAACAAAGGAAGAUAAAGUAGUACCAAAUGAGAAGCCAAUUGGAAUAUCAAAUAAAUACAAAGAGGAUCCUUAUGAGAUGGACCCACAACCGAGUAAUUGCACCCAAACUUAUAGUGACAGAUUUGCAGAGGCUUUAACCAUGGAAGCACAAAUAGACAAAGAUAUCAUAGUGGUUCAUGCAGGAAUGGGAAUGGAACCCUCACUUAAAUUAUUUCAACAAAAAUUUCCAGACAGAUUAUUUGAUGUAGGAAUGGCUGAACAACAUGCUGUCACAUUUUCAGCUGGUUUAUCAUGUGGUGGAUUGAAGCCAUUUUGUAUAAUUCCUUCCACAUUUCUUCAAAGAGCAUAUGAUCAGGUGGUUCAUGAUGUAGAUCGACAGAAAAUACCUGUAAGAUUUGUGAUUCCAAGUGCGGGUUUGGUAGGAUCAGAUGGGCCCACAAAUUGUGGAGCUUUUGACAUAACAUUCAUGUCAUGUUUGCCAAAUAUGAUAGUCAUGGCACCUUCUGAUGAGAUUGAGCUUGCUAACAUGGUGGCUACUGCAUCUUGCAUUGAUGAUAGACCUGUUUGCUUUCGGUAUCCAAGAGGUGCAAUUGUGAAGUCAAAUAGCUCUUUAUGCCAUGGAGUCCCCAUUGAGAUAGGUAAAGGAAGGAUUCUUGUAGAGGGAAAAGACAUAGCAUUACUUGGGUAUGGAGCCAUGGUUCAGAAUUGUCUUCGAGCUCACUCCCUUCUUUCAGAACUUGGAAUUGAAGUGACUGUUGCUGAUGCAAGAUUCUGCAAGCCUCUUGAUAUACAACUUGUGAGACAAUUAUGUCAGAAUCACUCCUUCUUGAUAACUGUUGAGGAAGGGUCAAUUGGUGGAUUUGGAUCACAUGUUGCACAAUUCAUAACUCUUGAUGGAAAACUCGAUGGAUCGAUUAAGUGGAGGCCAAUUGUGUUACCCGACAACUACAUCGAGCACGCAUCACCAAUGGAACAACUGGCUCUAGCCGGGCUAACCGGGCACCACAUUGCUGCAACGGCUCUAAGUCUACUUGGUCGAACCCGUGAAGCUCUUCUUUUGAUGUGUUAGAAGCUAUAUAAUGACAUCACAUCACAAGAGGACAAAAUGGUAAAUUUUGGGUUUCUUGAUGAUUUGUAUAUUCGUUUUAUGAGGUUAUCUUUGUUUUUUCUUCAUUAUUUUGCGGGGUUGGAAAGUAGCAUCGAUGUUUGUAGUUGUGGCAUGAGUUUUAUACGAUGACCUCAUAACAUUGGUCUCAAGGGAGUA